UAACUAUGUACGCAUAAACAAUACACAAACUAAAAAUGUACUGUAAACAAAAUGUCUGAACCCAAAAGAGCACCGGUGGAUUUCUUCAUAAAAAUGCAUAGUGCAUUGGUGGCUAAAAAUUAUAGUACUGCGUUGGAUUUCUGCAACACAAUUUUGAGCUUUGAACAGACAAAUGAGACAAUGAUGACAUUUCGCGAACUACUUACAAAAAAAAUUGACACGAUGGAUGAGGAAUCAGAUAGUACAGAUUCCAGCAGCAGUAAGUCUAGUUUGUCGGAAAGUGACAAUGAUCUGAUUUGAAAAAAUAACAAAUUAGGUAUUUAAAUCUAAUUAUAUUACACACACAAUUAAUUUAUUUA